AGGACGUUAGAAAGGUAAAGAAAGGAGCUGCCGCCCCUACACCCUCCCCCACCUUGCGCAUCGGAGUCCUCCCCCCUUCUCCCCUAGUCUCCUCCUCACUGUUGCUGUUUUUUCCCCCCCUCUCCGCUCCUACUCCCUUUCUAUAUAAGCUUCCCGAGUCCUUGCCCAGACACAUUCACAUCGAGCUCAGCCCCGCACACACACACAGCAAUCACAGAGCGAUGGCUGCCUUCCACAUCGCCCUGCAGGAAGAAAUGAUCCCAGCUGCACUGCCCAGGGUAUCCGCUGGCACAGGGAGGGGAGCCUGCAGGAAUCUCUUCGGUCCUAUCGAUCACGAUGAGCUGAGGUCGGAGCUGAAGAGGCAGCUAAAGGAGAUCCAGGCGUCCGACUGUCAGAGGUGGAACUUUGACUUUGAAAGCGGCACCCCGCUAAAGGGCAUCUUCUGCUGGGAAUCCGUGGAGAGUAAAGAUGUGCCCACUUUCUACAGCCAGAACAGAAGCUCAGCUGCCAACACAACGACACCUUCCAGGCAGCAGCAGCCCCUGUUAGUCAGCAGGCAGCCCGAACCCAGGGAAGAGGCACCCUUGGAUACCGUGCGUAAUGUUCCAAAUCCUCCGUGCGCAAAGGAGAACGCAGAGAAGACGAUCAAGCGGUGCCAGGGAGUUAAAGGUCCAGCCAAGGCAUCCGCUAUCCCGUCUACACAGCACAGAAAGAGGGAGAUCACCACUCCCAUCACUGAUUAUUUCCCUAAAAGAAAAAAGAUACUGGGUGCCAAGCCUGAUGCCACUAAGGGGGCUCACCUACUGUGCCCUUUGGAACAGACCCCCAGGAAAAAGAUUCGAUGAAACCAUGGCACCGAGUGCGACUGUCGAAUCUAGAAGUAAAAUACACUUAAAAAAGCAACCACCAUCCCUUCUCCACGUCCCUCUCCCAGAGUAAGGAGUGAAGGAAGAGCCAAGGCUUAACCCACUACUGGAGUUUUACUGGUAUCCGUGGCCUCCGAGGACUGCGGAAUCCAUGGGGUUAUUUGAUUCUACUUGGUAUCUGGAGAUUUUGCCAACAAGGGACUUGCUUUGUGUGCCCCCUGUGGUUCCAACCCAUCUGGCCGCCGCCAUUGCACGGGACGCACAAUCUGUAACGUUUGGAUGUCUGCUCCAGCUAUUUUCCGUACAACCAGAUGCAUUAUAUAUAUAUAUACUGUAUUUAUAUAUAUACAAGGGGGCUGAGUUGGCAGGGUAGCGCCCCCUCUUGGUGUUUUAGUGCUGUGAAUGUUACCCGUUAAACAGCUUAAAUCUGUUGCUCGGGGAUGAACCACCUAUGGCUCUCCAGAUGUUGUUGAAUUACAGCUCCCAGCGGAGUCGUAGCUCAGCGGCACUCGGGGGGGCCGCAGGCUGAGCACCCCUGCUGUAGCUUGUACAAACCAGCAGACCUGUACAAAAAAAAAAUGUUUGUAGCAUUUCAGUUUGUAUAAUCACGAUUUGCACUGUUUUUAUUUGUUUUUUGUUUUUUAAUGCAACUGUUAAUAUACCACCUUAAUGUACAGCAAACAUGUAACAUAAGAGCGUAAAAGAAUUACUAAGUUAUAUAUUUAUAUAACAUAUUGGAACAACUCCAAUGUUCAGCCAUAAUACUGGCUACGAAAAACGUUUUUUUAUAGAUGUUAUAUAUACGUUAUGUCUCCUUUGGAGAGCAAAAAAUAAAAAAAAAAGUAUGUGUUCCAUAACUAUGCAUGUACAGUCUUCUAUAUAUAUUAAAAAAAAUAUCUAUUUUUCUUUUGACUUUUACAAAAUGUACAGAAUAUUGCUAAAUCGGCAAAAAAAGAAAGUAAAAUAUAAGACUUUUAUAUCA